GGAGUACAAUAGAUCUCUACGAGGAGUACUUUGUUAGAAGAAAAAACUUAUAACAAGUGGAUGAAGAUAUAAUUGAUAGUUGAUUUUGACAAAAUUAUCCCAUUUUUGCUUAGGCUACCUAAGAAAUCUUGUCAUCUCUGACCUUCCACAAAGCAGGCAACGGUCAAAACGCAAACGGCAGUAGGAAAACGAGGGAGGGGUAAAGCUGGAAACACAUCCACAGAAUUGAUUUUAGGUGGAUUCAUUCAUUCAAGCUUCAUCAAUCCCAAACAACUCUCAAUAUGGCGAGAGUUUUCUGUGAUUUUCGGUUACUUCUCUUAGUUGCAGCCGUGGUCUUCAUCUACAUCCAGAUGAGACUUUUCGCAACACAAUCACAAUAUGCUGAUCGCCUCGCUAUUGCUAUUGAAGCUGAAAAUCACUGUACAAGUCAUAUGCGAUCACUGAUUGAUCAGAUUAGUUUGCAGCAAGGCCGCAUUGUCGCCCUAGAAGACGAAAGGAAGCUUCGAGACCAAGAAUGUGGGCAAAUGAAGUCUCGUGUUCAAGAUCUUGAAAGAAAAGACGUACGGAGGCUGAUCGAUAAAGUGCAGGUUCCAGUGGCAGCUGUUGUGAUCAUGGCAUGUAAUCGUGCUGAUUACCUGGAAAGGACUAUCAAUUCUGUAUUGAAAUACCAAAGGGACAUUUCUUCAAGAUUUCCUUUAUUUGUAUCUCAGGAUGGAUCAAAUUCAGACGUCAAAAGUAAGGCUUUGAGCCAUGAUGAACUAUCAUAUAUGCAGCACUUAGAUUUUGAGUCGGUUCAAACUGAAAGGCCAGGAGAGUUAAUUGCUUACUACAAGAUUGCACGUCAUUACAAGUGGGCUCUAGGCCAACUGUUCGACAAGCAUAACUUCAGUCGAGUCAUCAUUCUUGAAGAUGACAUGGAAAUAGCACCUGAUUUCUUUGAUUACUUUGAAGCUAUGGCAACUCUCCUUGACAAGGAUAAGUCCAUUAUGGCUGUUUCGUCAUGGAAUGACAAUGGACAGAGGCAGUUUGUACAUGAUCCAUACGAACUUUAUCGCUCAGACUUCUUUCCUGGACUAGGAUGGAUGCUGACUAGAUCUACAUGGGAUGAACUAUCACCAAAGUGGCCAAAGGCCUACUGGGAUGAUUGGUUGAGAUUAAAAGAGAAUCACAAAGGACGCCAGUUUAUCCGACCCGAAGUAUGCAGAACAUAUAAUUUUGGAGAACAUGGUUCUAGUUUGGGACAGUUUUUUAAGCAGUAUCUUGAGCCAAUCAAGCUGAAUGAGGUCCAGGUCGACUGGAAGUCAAUUGACUUGAGCUAUUUGUUGGAGGACAAAUAUGCUAUACACUUUGCCAACAAUAUUAAAAAAGCUAAACCUGUCUCUGGAGCAGACAUUGUUCAAAAGGCACACAAUAUAGACGGUGAUGUGCGUAUAAAGUAUAAAGAUCAGUGGGACUUUGAAAACAUUGCUCAACAAUUCGGUAUAUUUCAAGAGUGGAAGGAUGGUGUGCCUAGGGCAGCUUAUAAAGGAGUAGUCGUUUUCAGAUAUCAAACCACAAGGCGUAUAUUCCUUGUUGGUCCAGAAUCUUUGAAGCUACUUCAGAUUGAAGAUUUGGAUUCUUAAUGCUGGGUGUUUUCAGAUGUCAAUGGAAGUGUUAUGUGUUCCCGAAUAAUUUAUACCGAGCUUAAAAUGAAAAUACAAUAUGGAUAUGGAUGUUACACGUUGAAUCCAAUGCUUAAAAGAAGCUAUGAUGUGGUUGGCUGAAAGUGUAAAAGGUACAAACAAGAGUAUGCUGGAACACAAUUACGAGCACCAUCCCAUGUUAUUGUAGAGAAUUGAGAUCAAAUUUUGUCUUUUGUCUUGUGAUGUAGUGUGAUCAGGUUGUCUUUAACAAUUAGAAGGCUUUGUUUUAAUCUUAAUAAUUAGGAUCUUAAUACUCAAAAAGUGACGCCCUUUGUUUGACCAUCAAUAACAUAAAAGGGCAAUUCUGAGACCUAUUUGGAUAAUCAGGGUGCAAGAGUUAGUUGUGUGUAAUGCAGAUUGGAUAGAAGAAGCAAUAAUUGAAUAAUCUCAUCAUGCUCUCAUUACUUGCUCAAUAGAGUUAUAUACCACUAAGCUACACACGAUUACUGCCA